AUGCCGGGGAGUGCAGUACCCAGUCACGUAAGUGGCAGUGUGGCAGAUGAUUCAGAGUUGACUGAGUUUUUCGCAAAUUCGGAUAACGAAGAUGCGGACUCUGUCCAGGGAAGGCCGCAGUCCGCGAGGGCACGGGUCCGGGCAAAGCGUAAGAUUGUUUUCAAUCUGAGCAAACCGUGCACUUGCUCACUGUGCAAUUCCAAAAGCACAGAUCCUAGCCCGCUGCAAGAUGCGGUUGCAAGUGAUAAGUGGGCAGGCAAUCGACCCUGGGCAAAGUAUCGAUCGAAUGUUCCAGACAAGGACGGCAGCCUCGUUUCAGUUCCCGAAGGCAAGGUUUGUCUUUUGUGCCUCAACGUCUUCAAGUUGCUUGCUCUUCACGUCAAGUACGGCAGCUACAAAGCCUACAGUGAGAAGAUCAAGGCUAAGAUGGUAGAUCACAACGAAUUUUUGGCCGCACUAGCUGAAUGGAUCAAAGGUCACAACAAAGAUCCUCAGCGGUCUCGAAUGGACCAGGCUCAGAAGACGGCAGUGAAGAAAGCACAGACCAAGCUGAAGACCACUAAGGAUACCGGUGUGGAGUUUGAAGCUCCCGAGACCUUUUUCGUAGCCCAAGAGAAUUGGGAUGCGGACAAGUACGGGCCUCUGGACGAGUCGAAGGUUGAAGAGAGGAAUCUCUUUGGCAAGAUGGUGAAAGGUGCCUUUGUUCAAACCGGGUUGAGUGGUCACUACAAGGUGCGGGACUACGACAAGCGGAGUCUUGUCUCAGAAACCAUCGAGCACUCCGGUGACCAGGAGAUGUUCAAUGAACGGGGCCUGGCGAAUGCACAGACUGCGAUCGCUGCCGCUUUCAAUGAAGCCCACCAGGAGAGACGUGCUUCAGCUGCGACUGCAAAAGCUCCCCAAUCGCUCGAUAUCGACUCGAUCCUUUCACUCAUCCAGAAUCCAGGGAGCACGUCGACAGUUGCCGCAAAGCCUGCUGCUGCUGAGGCUGCCCCUUGCGCUCCAACCCCCGCAGAAGAUGGAGAACAGGAAAAAAGCUCAUCGGACGAGGAUGUGGCGGUCGCAGACCGGUUGGCAUUGACUCGCAAGGCCAACGCAAAAGCUAAGGCCAAGGGCAAGGCUGUUGCGAAGGCAGCAACCGGCGGCUCCAGAGUCAGUGAUCUUCCAAGCCCAGCAACUGUGAAGGGCAAGUCUACUCCGAUUCCUCCUCCUAGCCACGGCAAUGUAACUGUACCCAUCAAGCAGGAGCCAACUCCUGCUAGCGCGGAGGCAGACACGUCGGGGAACAUGGUGCUGAGUAUGGAUGGACGAGGUCUACGCUUGAAAACGACCGUGACCAAAGCCCUAGAAGACCAUAAGCGUAAGCUUGAGCCGCUGAUGAUUUUUGACAAGAGCUACAGCUGGCACGACAAGAAGGCCAACAACGGUCGUGGAAAGUCUCUUACUUCCCUCAAGAACCACCUGAAUAAUCUCAAGAAGAAAGUGGAGGACUCCCCCAACAAGAAAGGGUUGAUGGACGAGUUGAAGAGUGUCGAGGAAGUGAUUUCUGUGGUCUCCGCAGCCAGUGUCCUCAAUGGUGAGCUUGCUUCGGCAACCCCGAAGUCCGAAGACAUGGAACAGGCUAUCCGUGAUUUGGAGCAAUCUUUUGCGAGGCCCAUGUUCAAAGUCUCUGAGGCAAUUUGGCUCAGGCUACUCGAGGUCAAAUGCAACGAGUUCAUGUUGUAUCGCAACACCGCAGAGUAUUGCAAAAGUUUCGCGGACGAUGUCAAACGUAUGCGUGAUCUUGGUGUUUCCGAUGAAUUGAUAGAGGACUUCGUCUUGAAAGAGGUUGAGUCGAAACUCACAGGGAUCCUGAAGGAGAUCCCCAUGAAGGAUAUUGCCGAUCCCAGCUCUUUCGGCCGUGAGCAAGCCAUGAGCUUGUGCUCGGCAGUUGCAAAAGCCGCAGAAUCGCAUGCGCUCCUUGAGCAGGUGGCCAAAAGUGCACAGAUUCUGCUCGGUCUUCUGCAGAAUGAGGAUUUGCGGGGCUUGUCUGAUGCUUUGGAAGCAGUCCAAAGUUACAACGAUUCAGAUCUAGCUGCAGCUGAAGAAGAUGGCGAUGAUGAUGCCCAAACAACUGCCGGUAUUUUUGCGUUCUUGAAGCUACAUGUAGCCGGGGUGGCCCUGAUGGCUGAUGCAACUACAAGAUUGAAGUCUGGACAGAACCAGUUGGAAGGCGAGCUCAUAGUAGCCAAUCUCACGGAUUUGUUUCAAGAUUUGAAGAGGCUAGAUCGGCCUUGGGGGCUCAGAGGUUUGGAGGACCAUUUGUUGCCAUUUUGGAAGAAGGCCUCAGGCCGUGACGAAUCCAAACUCAGUGCGAAGCAGCGACAGACUUGCGACUUGAUGAUACGGGAAUUCUUUGGCUUCGUCAGAGAUGGUUUCCAGAGUGAAUGUUGCAAUACCUUAACGGGUUGUCUAGAAGUUCUUCUGGAACAAUGGGAUAUGAAACACGCGGAUCAGGCGGCCUCAGAGCCAGGGGAAGAGCCAACAGCUGCCCAAGAUCCGAGCGAAGAUGCAGAAAACCUAGAAUUGGCACUUCCCGAGGUUUUGGAUGCAAUCCGCAUGAGAGAAUUCUGUUGCCAUCCCUUUUGGGCUGCGGUAGAUGCCAAGAUGCCGGAUGAUCUUGUUGAACUCCUGAAGGAUUAUACUGACAAGGCUUUCCGACUAUGCCAUUUGGUGGAGUAUGUGUUCGCGUCCAGGCAUGUAUUGCCUAAUCUUGAGCAGACAUACCCAACGCCGGAGAUGUUGCGGGAUUGGUCUCAGGGAUUACUUCCAUCUUUGAAGCCUUAUGUGGAUUCAGCACAAGUGCUACAAGAUUGCGAACGUGUAUUUGCUAAUGCUGCGGCUGAGGAUCUGCAGAAACAGACAAUGUCUUGCUUCGAAGAAGUUGGGAAGAUAACAUCGAAAGUGCAUGCCGAAGUAUUGACCAGUGUGGAGGUUUUGGUUUCGUCCAUGAAUCCUGCCCUGGCCUUCGAAUCUCAAGCGAAGUUGACCUUGCCUCAGACAGGAGAUUGGUCGCACGUGCUUACCCGCUUCUUUGAGGUUGCAAAAGCUUGCAGCAAUUGUGCCAAGAAGAAUCUCACAUUAAUGGAGCAUGUCGCAGUCUUGCAAAGCCUGCAAGAUCUCAAAAGUGCAAUGGCAGAAGAAGGGAAAAGCGAAUGCGACAAAUUGAAGGCUACCCAGCUCGUUUCGGAUGCGGCCUUUGAGUGGGUUGACAAAGCCAUUGGCCUUCUGGCCAUAAAGGUCAACAGCAUUUGUAAUGACCAUGCAGGGUGCUUGGACACGGCAGUCAGGGCGGCCUCUGGCCUGGUCUUGAAAAUGCCUGAGUUCAAGCAAGAGGGCCACUAUAGGGAGACUCUCGGGAAGUUAUCUCAGAAGAUGGCAGGCGAUGCCAAGAAACUGAGUAUAAUGGCUGACGAAUUCAGGGUUGCUUCUCUUUCAUUGCCUACAGAUUGUUCCGAACGAGACGGAUAUCUUCAGAAGGCCAAGAUCGCCCGAGGUGUGUCGCAACUGAUGACGACCCAUGUCACACUUUUCGCCUGUGUGACAAUGCUCCGAAACCCCGCGUUGAAUACAACAGGUGAAGCAGCCAAGAAAGCUGCGAAACAGUUAGAGAGUCUCGUCUACACGCUUUUGUCACAAGACCUUCGUGCCACUCCUCCUUGCGAUGGGUUGCCGGAUGCAGUACUUGUCGAUCUUUGGGCAGAAGCUGGUGAUGCAGUGCGAGCCGUCACAAAGAAAAAGUUCGCAGUCGAAGUCGACAAGCUGUGGAGGGAGACAAUCGAGUCGCGAGCAAAGCUGCCCGUGUUGAGCCUCGAGAAGUUGCAAGCCUUGCACGCGCCCUCGGAGGCUGGCACCGUGCCCACGCCCUCGGAGGCUGGCACCGUGCCCACGCCCUCGGAGGCUGGCACCGUGCCCACGCCCUUGGAGGCUGGUGUUGCGCCCACGCCCUCGGAGGCAGGCACUGUGCCCACGCACUCGGAGGCAGGCACUGUGCCCGCGCCCUCGGAGGCAGGCACUGUGCCCGCGCCCUCGGAGGCAGGCAAAUCAGGAAUCGCUGCCGCUGCCCCUGCCGAAAAGGAAGAUUUGAAGACUGAAGCUGCUGGGAUAGAUCAGCCUGCAACCGAGGCAAAGGAAGGAGCAGAGGCAACCGAGGCCCAAAAGGGAGAAGAUUCUGAUUCUGAUGUUCUGGUUCAGGUAGAUUCUGCGACUUCUGCCAGGAAGGAUACCGAUGAUACCAAUCCCAAUACCGCCGCUGCCAAUCAUCCUGAGCCUGGAAGCGCACCGUCAGCAAAACGAAAAGCCGACCCGACUGAAGGAUCCACGAUUUCCGGUGACAAGAUGGCAGAAAAAAAGCCAAAAACGGAAAUCGUUCCCAGCAUCACGGAUGCAAAGGCCGGGCAUCACACGGGAAACGAAUCUGCGGACCUGAAGAAAGAGAACAAAGAGAAGAAAGACAAGGCGAAGAAGGAUAAAAAAGAAAAGGACGCCAAGGAAAGCAAGCAGGAGAAGAAGGACAAAAAGUCUGCAAAGGACGAGAAGGAUGACAAGAAGGAAAAAAAGGCGGAUAAGAAGGAAAAGAAAUCCAAGAAGGAGAAAUAUUCGAAGGACGAUAAGAAGAAGGAGAAAAGCGACAAAUCUGCAGGUUCCAACACGGCUGGCAGCAGCAGCGGCCGCCGGCCAGCGGAGGAGAAGAUGAUUGGUCUAGCUGCGAAGUUUGCUAGGGGACCUUUGGAUGAAAGUAUCGGAUUGGCGUCCAUGUUUGGUAUUACACCAAACAAUAAGAUCGCGACCAAGCCGAUUCAGCCGCCCAGUAAGCCCGCAACUCCUGCUGGCCGUGGCGGCCGAGGCCGAGGCGCUCGAGGUCGCGGCAAGAAGUGA